AUUUGUUUUCAGAACUCGAGCAUCAUUUUGUGUUUAACUUUUGCAUCAUAUCACCUAUAUAUCCAAACGUACAUACAUAGAAUAACAACCAUGAAGCAGGAUUCGUUCGUGGUGCGUAGGAGGAAUCCGGAGCUGGUAGCACCGGCGCGAGCGACGCCGAGAGAUACCAAGCCGCUGUCCGACCUAGACAACGACUGGUUUCUGCGCUACAUCCAGCCAUGCCUCGAGUUCUUCCGUGCGGUCGAUGAUGACGACGGCCACCACCAUCACCGCCGCCGCCCGGCGGACGCCAUCAAGGCGGCCCUCGCCGAGGCCCUCGUGUACUACUACCCGAUGGCCGGACGCCUGCGAGAACUGCCCAACGGGAAGCUCUCCGUGGAGUGCACCGGCGAAGGGGUGGUGUUCGUGGAGGCGGAGGCGGACGUUCGGAUCGAGGACAUGGGCGAGCCGCCGAUGCCGCUUUUCCGUGGAUCUGAUGAGUUCCUUUGCGAUGUUGGAGAUGCCAAAGUCAUCGUUGGGAGGCCAUUGUUCUUCAUGCAGAUCACUCAACUCAAAUGCGGUGGAUUUGUCCUUGGAACCUACCAUUGUCAUUGCAUAGCUGAUGGAUCCGGCAUAUUUCAGUUAUUAAAAGCAAUAUUUGAUAUAGCACGUGGUGAGGCAAAGCCAACGGUACUGCCUGUUUGGGACAGGGAGCUCUUUGUGGCAACAAGUUUAUCACCCCACAUCAUUGAAGAACACCAAACAUUAUUUGAUGAACUGGAGAGCGCCACUUGUGAUGACAUUAUGGUGACUAUGCCCACCGAAAAUAUGGUUUCUGAAUACUUCACCAUCUCUGAAAAACAGAUGUCGUACCUAUGGCGUAAUGUCCCUUUGAAUCUCACAAAAACAAUCACAAGUUUUGAGUUACUAACUGCAGUUUUGUGGCGGUGCCGCACCGUGGCACUAGGCUAUAAGCCUUGGCAAAAUGUACUCUUAAAGAUAAUCAUAAAUGCGCGGGGGAGAUGGAGAAAACUUCCUUUGGGAUACUAUGGCAAUGGGCUAAUGUACCCUAUAGUUGAGACAACAGUCAAAGAGUUGUGCACAAACCCACUUGAACACACAAUUGAACUUGUCCGCAAGGCUAAACACAAGAUAAGGACAGAAGAGAAUAUGCAAUUGAUGGUGGAUGUGAUGCCAUUAUGGUAUGAGAAACCGUAUAUCAAAGUACAGAGAAUAUUUGAAACAUGCGAUAUAAAAUGGAUUGGGCAGGACACUUUAGAUAUUGGAUGUGCUAAGCGAAUUGGGGGCGGUAUACCAACUGUUAAUCUACCAGAUACGACAAGUUACCAAUUCAGGUUCAAGAAUGAAAAAAAUGAGAAGUCAAUCGUCAUCUCCAUGUUGUUGCCACGGCCUGCAAUGGAUAUAUUCAAAGAGGAGAUGGCUGCUUGGUUAAAUGAAUACUCCAUCCGUCCCAAAAUGUAAGACGCAUAAGUUUAUUUGACAGCCUAUAAAAUUGACAUCAUAUGAGAAUACUUCCAAAUACAAAUAUAAUGAUGUCAUAUGAAUAUCAAUAAACAUAUAUAUUGUUUGUGUAAUUAUUA